UUAUAUAGCGGACACCGACAACAAGCCGACCUCUACCGGCGGGAUUUGAUGGCGUGAUGUCUCACAGAAAGUUCUCCGCUCCCAGACAUGGGUCCCUCGGCUUCCUGCCUCGGAAGCGCAGCAGCAGGCAUCGCGGGAAGGUUAAGAGCUUCCCUCAAGAUGCUGAUCCGUCUAAGCCGGUCCACCUCACAGCCUUCCUGGGAUACAAGGCUGGCAUGACCUUACACAUCGCGGAAGUCGACAGGCCAGGAUCUAAGGUGAACAAGAAGGAGGUGGUGGAGGCUGUAACCAUUGUGGAGACGCCACCCAUGAAGGGGCACGGGGGCUACGCGGAAACUCCUCGCGAGGCCUCCGGACUCAAGACUGUCUUCGCUGAGCACAUCAGUGAUGAAAUGCAAGAGGCGUUUCUGCAGAACUGGCAUAAAUUCAAGAAGAAGGCCUUUACCAAGUACUAGAAAUGGCAGGAUGAGGAUGGCAAGAAGCAGCUGGAGAAGGACUUCAGCAGCAUGAGCAUCGCUAAGUCAUCCGUAUGCGCCCUGCCUCUGCGCCAGAAGAAGGCCCACCUGAUGGAGAUCCAGGUGAACGGAGGCACUGCGGCUUCGUGGAAGCUGGACUGGGCUCCACAGAGGGCUCGCCGAGAGCAGCAGGUACCUGUGAACCAGGUGUUUGGGCAGGAUGAGAUGAUCGACGUCAUCGGGGUGACCAAGGGCAAAGGCUACAAAGGGGUGAGGGUCACCAGUCGUUGGCACACCAAGAAGCUGCCCGCAAAGACCCACCGAGGUCUUGCUGUGGCCUGUAUUGGGGCAUGGCAUCCUGCUCGCGGGGUGGCCUCUGUGGCACGUGCUGGCAGAAAGGCUACCAUCACCGCAUCUGAGAUCAAUAAGAAGAUCUAUAAGAUUGGCCAGGGCUACCUUAUCAAGGAUGGCAAGCUGAUCAAGAACAAUGCUUCCACUGACUAUGACCUGUCUGAUAAGAGCAUCAAUCCUCUGGUAAGUAAUGGGUGGGUUUGUCCAUUGCGUGGUGAAGUGACCAAUGACUUUGUCAUGCUGAAAGGCUGUGUGGUGGGAACCAAGCAGCGCUGUCUCCUUUGUAAUCCUAAAUCCUUCCCCUUGGCCUACAGUCCUUGCUGUGCAGACGAAUAUGGCUCUGAGAACAUUGACCUUAAGUUCAUUGACACUAAUUCUCCAAGUUUUGGCUACAUGGCCGCCUAGACCAUGGAAGAGAAGAAAGCAUUCAUGGGACCACUCAAGAAAGAUCGAAUUGCAAAGGAAGAAGGAGCUAAUGCCUGA